UGUAGCUAAUCGGGGGUAGACUAUCCCAUUAGAAUAAAAGUAAGCGCUCAAUAUUUACAAUAUUUGUUAGAAUAAUCCGAAAUGUCUGUUGCGUUUGCUUCGGCUCGCCCUCGAAGUAAAGGAGAGGUGACUCAACAAACGAUACAAAAGAUGCUGGAUGAAAAUCACCACUUGAUACAAUGUAUCAUGGACUAUCAGAGUAAGGGGAAAACAGCAGAGUGCACACAGUAUCAGCAAAUAUUGCACAGAAACCUCGUUUACCUGGCCACAAUAGCAGAUUCAAAUCAAAACAUGCAGUCAUUGUUACCUGCGCCCCCCUCUCAGAGCAUAAAUAUGGGCCCAGGGGGGGCCGGCCAGAGUGGGAGCAGCCAAUCUCUGCAUGCCCAGGGCAACCUGAAUGAAGGCAUGUCAACUGGCCUCCCACCCAACUCUCUCAUGCAGGGACAGAUGAGCAACGGCCCGAGUCACACAUCCAUGCAGCCAUCGGGACAGACGCCACUCCCCUCCACGUCGGUCAGCAUGCCGGUCAGCAGCCAUGGGUCGGCCACAGGUUACAGUCACUCUGUGGUGUCAUCACAGAGCCAGGGCCAGGCCAUGGGCAGCUACGCCUCCCGCAGCAACCUGAACAUGCAGUCCAGCCAAGUCACGAUGAUGCACCAGUCUGCCAGCACAUCCCACUACACCUCAGCUCAGGCUGGCAGCCAGCACUACCAGGGGCCACAGUCCAUAGGCAUGUUGGGACAGGGUAGCCAAGGCAACAGCAUGAUGUCACAAAGGCCUGUGGGAUCCUACCGUUCCUCACAACAAGGAUCUGCUCCGCAGUACGCAGGACAGGAGGAGUUCUACGGCGAGCAGUAUGGACAUGCUCAAAGCUCCAGCGAGCCCGUUAACCAGCAGUAUUACCCCGAUGGUCAUGGAGAGUACUCAUACCAGCAGCCAUCCUACAGCGAGCCAGGCUAUGAGAGGAGCUUUGAAGACUCCUCACAGCACUACUAUGAAGGAGGAAACAGUGCACAGUACAGCCAGCAGCAGGCAUCCUAUCAGCAGGGCUCCAGCCAACAGCAGCCCUUCAGCCAGCAGCAGUACCCCACACAGCAGAGCUACACUGGGCAGCAGCAGGCCUAUGGCCCAGGACAGGGAACCCCUGCUCAGUACUCCAGUUACCCACAGGGCCAGAGUCAGCAGUACAGCUCAUACCGCCCCACCCAGACCGGGCCCAGCGGGCAGGCACAGCGGCCGUAUGCAUACGAGCAGGGUCAGUAUGGAAGCUAUCAGCAGUAAGGAGCAAUGCGCUCAACUUACCAGCGAGAAGUUAUGUUUUGUUUUUAUUCAUCCUGAAAUUUUAAUACUCUGAAUCUUUGGUCCUGACUUCGGACUCAUGGACCCCUGAUUCACUGUUUAUUUGAGUGAGUGAAGCUGAUUUGUCCAGGAGUCAAGUGGAGUGGUACUGUAUACCCAUAAUGUCCCCAAACCAACAACAAUUAUAAAAGAACAAAUGGACAAAUGGCAGCCUGACCUCACUUUGGAAGCUGAAUGGGAAGCAGAAAGUUUUUAUUUUUUUCUGAUUAUGACAUCACUCUGCCCAUUGCUGCAGGGGUAGGCAGGAAUGGAUGAAGGAGAAGACAUAUCUUCACUCACUCCCAGGCCCUUUUAGGGCUCUUUGAGUACAAGUAAGAGUUUCUUGCUCAUUCCUCUUUCAAUGUCAUGAAAGAAAAAGAUGGUUAAAACAUUAUUGAAAUUAAGAGUAGGCUACUAUAGAUAAGAUUUAAUCUCUGUAUUAAAACUAUGAAGGAGCAGUCAAACUCAGGCCCGGGAGUUUGGGAUGAGCCUUUUUUCAGUAACAGUGCUGCACAUUUGAUUGUAAAUG